AUGGUUGAGUCAGUUGUUGAUCCAAAAGAGAUGGAAAUGACAGAAACCAUUGACUUGGCUGAACAAAGUGGUAAGCUAGAUCGUUCUCAGAGAAUCUUUAGGAGAAGCAAUCUUGACAAGUCAUCACAUUCUGUGAUUGAUUUAGAUGGGCUCCCAUAUGUCGGGCAGAGGAUAAAUCCAAAUGAGCCAUAUUGUAGCAUCUACGAUGAAGUAACAAGUACAGCUACAACUACCAAGUUAAAGGGUUCAGAACCUGUUAUUGUUGAUUAUGUUGCUGUAGAUGUGAAAAACAAAAAGAAUCUACAAAAAGUGAGUUUUUCAUUCUCUCUCUGA